CCGAACACAAAACGGGCGACCCAUCAUUCCUUCGACAACAAACUGCAGUUGCAACGACCCACAGUUUUGAAAUGGUUUUGCCGUUAGUGACCCACGAUUUCAUCCACAGUUUCUCCAACUUUUCCGUGCUCCUCUAACGACGGAAACAGGACGGUGAAGCCUUCCACUCAUUGCGAUCUCCGCUGCAAGUAGUAGCCAUGGACAGUGGUCGUAAGCGCAUACCUUUAGGUGUUGUUUCUCCUUCGGCUGUUAGAAAUGCGCAACGGAGGCGACCUUCACAUGAUGUGCAGACAUCUGGUAAUGUGCCAUCUGCGAAUCGUGAGAAUUUGGAACCGAAUAGAGCAUCUGCAUCUAUGCCAGAAUCAAGUUUUCAGAGUCCAGCACGUAAUGAUAAUUUUGUCCAACAGCCAUCACACUCCACCCUGGGUUCGUGUACAGAGAAACGUCGAUAUGUUCAUCCAACUGAAUUUAAUGUGCAAUACAGAGAUACUGAUACUGAAAAUUCCAAUCCCAACAUUAUGAUAUCAGGUUCCUCGAGGACAAAAUGACCAGCAUCACAUACCUCUUUUUCCAUGUGUGCUCCUGUCAAUGUGACUUCGCAGGCUGUUGGAUGUGACAACUGCUCAGCUUCAGGUAGUUUGAUUUUUUCUGCACAUGGAAGGUUUUACAACAGCUAUUAUUGUAUACAUUGUCAUGUAUGAAAUUUGAGAGUGCGGUUAUACAUCAAGGCGGAAAGUCUGAAUCUGUUCCUUCAUAUUCAAUUGCAUGGACGUGACCAUCCCCUAAAACUUCUAUAGCCUAGGUGGUAAGCGCGUCUUUGGGUCCUCUAUCUCUUUCUUCAGCACGUCCUGUGUGUCUUUGCUCAUUUUUUCAGGAUAGAAGAUAAGUACCAAAAAUAACUUAUCUUUGCAUGCUAAUAGUUAUGAUCCUCAAACAACUGCUUCUUAUUCGGGUGAAAACAGUGAUCCCAUCACCAUUCAAUUUUCCGGUGGACACACUGUUACAAUGUAGGUUCCCGUUUACCACUUGGUAGUCGGACCCCAGCCAGUCAUCCAAGCCAUGGAGUCCAGACAUCAACUCAAGCACCAGACACCAGGACGGGAGUUCUUACUUCGCGUAUCAUAUCUUGAAAUCUAUAAUGAGGU